AUUUACCUCGUAAUCCAAACAACAAGCAACAUGAGUCUCACAGCUAAGGAUAAGGCUACCGUCCAGGCCUUCUGGAGUAAGGUUUCUGGCAAGAUAGAUGAUGUCGGCCAUGAGGCUCUUUCCAGAAUGCUGGCGGUGUACCCUCAGACUAAGACUUACUUCUCCCACUGGAAAGACCUGAGCCCCGGCUCUGCUCCGGUGAAGAAGCACGGGAAAAUCAUCGUAGGAGGUGUCGGCGAAGCUGUUGCCAAAAUCGACGACCUGACCAACGGUCUUCUCAACCUGAGUGAGCUGCAUGCUUUCCAGCUGCGUGUUGAUCCUGCUAAUUUCAAGAUUCUGUCCCACAACCUGCUGGUGGUGAUGGCCAUGCUCUUCCCCAAUGACUUCACCCCCGAGGUCCACGUGGCCAUGGACAAGUUCCUCGCGAGGCUGGCUCUGGCUCUGUCUGAGAAAUACCGAUAAGCGCUGGGCCGAUACCGGCGUUUUUAAGCUCGUGUGAAACAAUGUAACACGUCAGAAAUAAUAAAA